ACACACACACACAUACACACAAACACUGAAAAAUAUUAUUUUCUUAUAAAUGAUCGAAACCCGCAAAACUUCCAUGGAGGAUUUUUCUGCAUGCUACUACAAGAGCCAUGGGCCACAAAGAGCUUACAAAGCAUCGACGGGAUCUCAUUGUUGAAAGGUAUCGCUCAGGCAAAGCAGCUGGUCAUGACAGAUCUGUUUGAGGACAGCAGAGACGGUAUCCAGCCCAAGGGAUCCUGGAAAACAGUUAGUAUCAUCCACACGGGUCUUUGCUUCAGGUCCGGAGACAUCACAGAUGAGUUGGCUCAAAUCUUUAGGGACACGGACAGUGAGGGGGAAUUUGAGGGUUUCUCCGAGGACGACUCUGAAAGGAGCAAAUCUGUGACUUCGGGGUCUGACGAAGACCGUGACGACAUCGGAUUUUAUUCCGACGGUGAGGAGCCAGCGUCAAAAAAGCAGCGCAGUUCUGGCCUGUGUGUCGCAUUAAAGUUUCCUACCAAAACAAGCCCCGCCCCUAAAUGGAAAGUGGCCAAACAAGGCAUCAAAGAGACCACGCCCACAGCCCCGCCCAUCAGCAGCAAGUCUGCAGGGAGAAACAGGAAGUGUGAGCCAGGACAAACAAAAGGGCUUGUUUUACGUGACAGUAAACGCACUAAGAGCCAGUCCAAUGAUACUAGAACCAAUGUUGAGAGUCUACUGACAGAUGAAGAAAUGCAAAUAUUGAGCAAAAGAGCCAAAAACAUUGAAGAAAAUAAAGCAAUGCUUGCAAAACUAUUUGCAGAUUUGAGUGCUUUACCUGAACUUCCUUCUAAAACAACACCUACAAAGAAAAAGAAGCCGCCCGCUCCAAAACGUCGUUUAUCGGAUGUUCAAAAUGAGAGACGGAACCCAAGCCGCAAGGCGAGACCUCCAGAACAUUUCGGGUUAGAAGUGGAGGAGAAAUCAGCCCCUCAAAAAAGAGAGAGCAACAAAAUCGACAUCCAGCGCUUGAUGGAGGUCCAGGAGGGUCUCAGAGACGUCAGACCAAUACAGAGGAAACGGCGUUCUCGUCAGUCCAUUCGUAUGCCCGAGGACAUUACUGAAGAAGAACUGGAGAACGUGGCAGAUCGUGCAAAAGAUAAAAUCCUUGAUAAAGACCAUGGCAGCACUUGUCAUCAGUGUCGUCAAAAAACCCUCGACACGAAGACUGAAUGCAGGGGCCUGUACUGCCAGGGGGUCAAAGGUCAGUUCUGCGGCCCCUGUUUGCGCAACCGCUACGGAGAAGAUGUCCGCACGGCACUUCUCGAUCCUUCGUGGGAAUGCCCCAUCUGUCGAGGCGUCUGUAACUGCAGUCUGUGCAGGAAGCGUGACGGACGCUGUGCUACGGGCGCUCUCACAAGAUUAGCCAAAUAUUACGGCCACGACAAUGUAAAGGAGUAUUUAGAGAGUCUACAGAAGAACGUUGAGUAAAAGUGGAUCGUCUGGCCUCCUUGUGAUCAGAAUUGAUACUGCACCACUUCUGAUGUUUUACUAUCGACUCUUUUAAAGUUUAGCAUGACAGCACCGACAGUUUAACAGUGUUCGGCACAGAUAUGCAAAUCAGUCGUUUUUUACACUUCUCGAUUUUAUACUGAUUUUAACUUUUUUAAAAUGAUGUUUUUUACUUAUUAAAUGAAUGAUAUCUUUUCAGAUCAUACAAAUGCCAUGAAAGCAGGUAAAAGAUGUUUGUAUUAAGAUCGCAUACUGUUCUCUCAUUUGCACCGUUUGUGUUUUUGUCUCAGUAAACUGUUGUUUUGGAAACUAGAGUUUUAAUAAAGGUCCUUUUAUUUCAGAUUUCUUUGUCAUG